AAUGUGCUGACGUCAGGGGCAGGGUUUGGAGGACGUGAGGGGAGCGAAGAAAAAAGAGGAACGGCUGGCGCCAUGCGUCCCCGCUGGGCUGAUACUCGUUUUUGGGCGAACCUAGAAGUUAAUAGACAAUAUGCAGUAAAGCACGGGAGUUAUUUUGUACCUACGGAUAUACAUGAAGAGUGAGCAACAAAGUGCGUGUGAUGUUAUUGUUUGGCGGCGGGGCGAAGGCGGACAUACCAUUCUCGCUAGCGCUAGCGUCGUUAAGGUGGACACUCCAAACUUGCAUGGUAGCAGUGGGGCAAGGAAAGCGGUGAAUUUAAAGGGAAAGAGCUCUCUGGACGGUUAAACCUUCGCUAUGGAAAAGGGAAGCUCCAAGGAGGAAACCGCGACCGAUCUGGACCGGGACCGCCAAUACUGUGAACUUUGUGGUAAAAUGGAGAACCUCCUGAAGUGCGGCCGGUGUCGAAAUUCUUUCUACUGUAGCAAGGAGCACCAGAUACAGGACUGGACCAAGCAUAAGCGAGUAUGCAAGAAGGAAUCCGAUAAAUCUCAGUGUCCGGCGCAGCCCGGACCAGCGCAACCCGAACCAGCGCAGCCUCCCCGGCAAGCGAAAGAGGGGCAGCCGCGGCUGUCGCGAAAGAAUAGUGCCAAGCAGAGCAACGCGGCUACGCAGAGCACCUCACAAACGGGCCCUACCAACCCACCGUCCGACGGUGAAAGAAUGAAAGAUUUUAUCACUUCAGCGACGAGCUCGGGUGGUGUAGACGAUGACAAACAAGCGGGGGACGGAAUUACCAACAACACCAAGCCCAACGGACAAACGAGGUCCCCCCCGCAAAGACUGGCCAUGGAAUAUAUAGUUCCAUGUAUGAACAAGCAUGGCAUUUGCGUCGUUGACAACUUCCUCGGCGAAGAGACUGGUCUAAAUAUUCUAGAGGAUGUCAAAGCCCUGCACCAGAGCGGAAAAUUUACCGACGGGCAGCUUGUCAGUCAGAAAAGCGAUUCUUCCAAAGACAUAAGAGGGGACAAAAUUACUUGGAUUGAGGGAAGAGAACCCGGCUGCGAGAAAAUAGCUUUUCUGAUGAGUAGAAUGGACGACCUAGUCCGACACUGUAAUGGUAACCUGGGGAACUACAAAAUAAACGGACGGACGAAGGCAAUGGUGGCCUGUUACCCAGGCAACGGGACUGGUUACGUGCGGCACGUGGACAACCCGAAUGGCGACGGUCGCUGCGUCACCUGUAUUUAUUACCUGAACAAGGACUGGGACGCUAAGGACCAUGGAGGCCUACUGCGGAUCUUCCCAGAAGGAAAAGCACAGUUUGCGGAUAUCGAGCCCAAAUUCGACAGACUUCUGUUCUUCUGGUCCGACCGACGGAACCCCCACGAGGUCCAGCCAGCCUACGCCACACGGUAUGCCAUCACGGUUUGGUAUUUUGAUGCCGAUGAACGGGCUCGAGCUAAAGAGAAAUACCUGACAGGUGCAGGAGAAAAGGGAGUGAAGGUGGAGUUAAACAAGCCGUCAGAACCCAGCUAACGAGCAAGGGGAGGAUGCUAUGGGUGGGGGUGGGGACUUAUCUCUCAUACACACACACACACACACACAGACCCUUAACACACCGUUACUUCCUACCUCUCACGAAGGACGUGGGGAGCAGGGGAGAAGAGGAGAGGACAGUUGGAAGGGGGGAUGGAGGAAAGACUAUUGAUGUUUUUUUUUUUUUUUGUCAAACCCCCAUCUAUUCGCUCCUGUCGUCAGCAAGCUACAUUUUUUCACUCUUUUGUUCGAUUGUUCGUUCGUUGGAGCGGACUAACAGCAGAAGCGGUCUCGGGACUUUCACCAGCUCAUUUUCAAGGACAAGGCUCACCGUUGUGCUUCUUUUUUUUUGGGGGGGGGGGGGUGUUUUGUUUUGCUUUUGGUUCCCCCCCCCUCUAUAAUUUUGCUUCUCAAGUGAAGAACAUGGCCUGAGAGCGGCCCUGGAAAACAUUGUGCAUGUAAUGCAUAUGUGUGUGCGUGUGCGUGUGUGUGUGUGUGUGCGUGUAUGUGUGUGCGCUUGUGCGUGCAUAUGCAUUUGAUACAUCACACUGUACGUAUAUCCAUAUUUGCUAAUCUCACAGGAAUCGAAUGAGGAAUCUUGUACGAUAUCAACUAGUGGCUGAGAUUGCAAACCUCACUUGCGGUUAUUUUUUACACCACCCGACACACUGUCCACUUGUCCAUCUCGGACCUAAAACCUCCAUCCCUCCCUCCCUCACGCUCUUGUCUCUCUCUCUCUCUCUCUCCCUCCUUCCCUCCCACUCUUGUCUUUCCUUCCCCUGGUCUUUCUCCAUCCUUCUCCUGUCAUCCGCCCUUUCAAAAUCCCUUUACUACCACUCGCUCUCAGACACUAUGGCUGUGUUAUCUUUGCCAGUCUGUUUUUUUACCCAACCCUGUUAUCUCUUCUCCUCCCCUUUGUGCUGCAGACUGUUUUCUGGAACGCGUUUCUGAUGAAAAGGUACCGUUUGACCGUAAAGGCUUGCCAACUGCGGCACCUUUGUCACAUGAGCAAAACUUAAAGGUUUUUCCCCCCCCACACACACACACACACACACACACACACCUAUGCUUACACAUACACCCUCCCUCACACACAUCUGCGUGUGCACACAUAUCUGUGCACACAAACCCACCUGAGCACCUGAAGUUGUGACGAGUUGAGUUUCUCGCAUGUUCCAAUUUUUUUUCUUUCUUUCAUUUAGCGGAACAAGUGCUUUUUCUUUCCACAAUUGCAAGCUGCGUGGGGAGUGUUUGUCUGUGGUCUCUUCUCUCUAUCUUUUUUUCUGUUCUUUCUCUCAGCUUUUGACUUUUUUUUUGUUUUGUUUUUGUUUUUGUUUUGUUUGUUUUUGCCUGAGUGGCGGCGUUGCUGGAGCUUCCCUGCCAGUGAUCAGAGAAUCUCGUGUCUGUUGUUGCAGACGUAAUGUCUCCGUUGUCUUAAGAGAAAGUACCGGAAAACCAAAACUGACUACAUCUACCUGCCUUGCAGCUCUGGAUUUUAAGGAAAAAAAACAAAAAAUAAACAUUUGCAAGGUUUGUAAUGUGCA